UUCAGAUGUUUCAGAAUCUCAGAAUUCCAGAUCUAUGGAAAUGCAGGAUCUAGCGAGUCCUCAUAAUCUUGUGGGAAGCAGUGAAGCACCAGGUAGCUCUAAACUGGACAAAUCUAAUCUUAGCACCACAUCUGUUACAACAAAUGGAACAGGCGGAGACAACAUGACUGUUUUAAACACUGCAGACUGGUUGUUGAGUUGCAGCACUCCUUCUUCUGCAACAAUGUCUCUUCUUGCAGUCAAAACAGAGCCUAUGAACAGUAAUGACUCAACGACAACAACAAGUGGAGAUGGAUCUCUUGACAAUUUUACUGGGUCAGUGAUAACAAGCAGUGGCUACAGUCCAAGAUCAUCACAUCAAUACUCACCGCAGUUAUAUCCCUCCAAGCCCUAUCCACAUAUUCUUUCUACACCAGCAGCUCAAACAAUGUCUGCCUAUGCCAGUCAGACCCAGUAUUCAGGAAUGCAGCAACCAGCAGUGUAUACAGCCUACUCACAGACUGGGCAACCUUACAGCUUACCUGCUUAUGAUUUGGGUGUAAUGUUGCCGGGCAUCAAGACAGAAAGUGGACUUUCACAAACACAAUCACCACUGCAGACUGGAUGUCUUAGUUACAGCCCAGGGUUCUCCACACCACAGCCAGGCCAAGCACCAUAUUCAUACCAAAUGCCAGGUUCUAGUUUUACACCAUCCUCCACUAUUUAUGCAAAUAAUUCAGUAUCAAAUUCUACAAACUUCAAUAGUUCACAACAGGAUUAUCCAUCAUAUGCAGCUUUCAGCCAAAAUCAAUAUCCACAGUAUUAUUCAGCAUCAACAUAUGGAGCAUACAUGACAUCAAAUAAUACCACAGAUGGUACCUCUUCAUCCUCAUCAACAUACCAGCUGCAAGAAUCCCUUCCAGGUCUUACUAGCCAACCAGGAGAGUUUGAUGCUGUGCAGAGCCCUUCAACUCCAAUCAAAGAGCUUGAUGAAAGAACAUGUAGGAGUUCUGGGUCAAAAUCAAGGGGCAGAGGGAGGAAAAAUAACCCAUCUCCUCCUCCUGAUAGUGACUUGGAGCGUGUAUUUGUUUGGGAUUUGGAUGAAACUAUCAUUGUCUUCCAUUCGCUUCUUACAGGAUCUUAUGCACAGAAAUAUGGAAAGGAUCCACCUGUAGCGGUGACUCUUGGACUUCGGAUGGAAGAAAUGAUUUUUAAUCUUGCAGAUACUCAUUUAUUUUUCAAUGAUUUGGAGGAAUGUGAUCAAGUACAUAUAGAUGAUGUAUCCUCAGAUGACAAUGGACAAGACCUAAGUACCUACAGUUUUGCAACUGAUGGCUUCCAUGCAGCUGCAAGUAGUGCAAACCUUUGUCUGCCAACAGGUGUAAGAGGAGGAGUUGACUGGAUGAGGAAGCUGGCAUUCCGUUACAGAAGAGUCAAAGAAUUAUAUAAUACUUAUAAAAACAAUGUAGGAGGACUUCUUGGCCCUGCAAAAAGAGAUGCAUGGCUACAGUUAAGAGCAGAGAUUGAAGCUCUCACUGACUCCUGGCUGACCAAUGCACUUAAAUCAUUAUCAAUUAUUAGUACAAGGAGUAACUGUGUAAAUGUCUUGGUAACAACAACUCAACUUGUACCGGCCCUAGCAAAAGUGCUUCUGUAUAGUUUAGGAGGUGUUUUUCCUAUUGAAAAUAUUUACAGUGCAACUAAAAUAGGAAAAGAAAGUUGCUUUGAACGAAUAAUGCAAAGGUUUGGCAGAAAAGUAGUAUAUGUUGUAAUUGGGGAUGGUGUAGAAGAAGAACAGGCAGCAAAAAAGCAUAACAUGCCUUUCUGGAGAAUAUCUAGCCACUCUGACCUCCUGGCUCUACACCAAGCGCUGGAAUUAGAGUAUUUGUAACUGUUCUUUUUUUAUACAUAUUUCAAAGU